UAAUAUUUCGGCUUUAAAAUUUGUAAAACAAAUGCGAAACAACUGAGCCGCUUACUUUUCUUAACUACGCCUAACAUACAUAAUAACAAUAACAACUAAUCCUUUACUAGACUUUUAUUAACCUUGACUGAUAACGUAGAAAUUUGGCAUGAUUGUAGACCUAAGUUUGAGUAAAAUACAGACGAUUUUAUAUUUUUCGAGACAACAUUUUCAUAAUUCCAUUCAUUUCAAAAAAAUAAAGUAAAAGUUGCUUCGUUCUGUGGUGCUUUCAAAAUACCGUAAUUUGGCACAAGCUUCUUCUAAUUUACAGACAAUGGCCAAGUAUUGUUUAACUUGAGGACAUAUCAAUUUUAGUCAAAAUAAAAUUGCACUUUAUUUAGUACGUAAAGUUUAUUGUUAUCUUGAAGACAAUUGUUCCUAACUUAUAUGAACUUGUAUCGAAUGUUGUACUCUAAAUAUGAGUAGGAAUUGUAAUUGCACUUUUAUUAAAUAAAAUAGAUGGUCAAGGUCACUGUUAAGUACAUAUAUGAGAUACACUUAACGUCAGCCCUUUAUUCUAGUAAUCGUUUUGUUCAUCUUUAUAUACCAUUACCUACCGCCAUACACAUAAGUGGUCUGUAAUAAUAAUAGUUAGGUGAGAUUAAACUGCGUGUUUUUUUAGUUAAUUUUUUUACGAUGCUCAGAAUAUUGAUUGAUCAAAGAACUUUACGGAUAAUAAUAUGUGUAUUUUUUAUUUUAAAAAUGAUCACCGUAUCUGAAAAUUACUGUAAUGUACGAUUGGAAGAAAGGCCCUAAGUACUUCAAAUUAACAUUAUAGGUCGUAAGGGCAUUGGAGAUUACCAACAAGAGUGGGGUCACGUUUCUGUAAGACCACACGUUCACAUGUUUUGGUGGCUAUUUUUUACCACCGCAAAUGUUACUAACUACACAGAAAGGCCAUUAAUUAUUUGGUUACAAGGGGGUCCAGGUAUGCCAUCUAGUGGUUAUGGUAAUUUUUUAGAAAUAGGCCCAUUGGACUUGAACCUUAAGAUAAGAGAGCACACCUGGUUAAAUAAUUUUAAUUUACUUUUUAUUGAUAAUCCUGCAGAUGUCGGAUUUAGCUAUUUUACAUCACCGGAAAGUAAUAAAAGGCUGGCUAAAUCAGUUGAUGACAUCGGAAGAGAUCUUGUUUCGUUUAUAAGAAAAUUUCUAAAUUUAUUUGAACAAUUCAGAACGGUACCACUCUAUAUUUUUGGGGAGUCCUACGGUGGAAAAAUGGCAGUGGAGUUUGCCUACCAGCUCUACAAGAAAAUUGAAAAUGGUACAAUUACAGCCAAUUUUCGAGGUAUUGGAUUGGGCGGGGCGUACAUAUCGCCAAUAGAUUAUACCAAACAAUAUGCACAAAUUUUAUACAAUUUUGGAAUAGUGGACAGAAAAAGUUUCGAUAAGCUAGUGAAAAUUCAAAGAAAAAUAGAAAAUUCAAUAAUAAAGAAAAAUUACCACUACGCUAUUAAGUUGGAAGCCAAUCUUGUGUCAGCAAUAGACGAAAUUACCCGUGGAAUUGACUAUUACAACUUCGACAGGGAAUGCAAUGCAACAUCGUUACCAAAUGUUCUGCGAUUUGAAAAUGUUACAAACAGUUUUAUGAAUAAUGUUAUCAAGGAAUCGUUGAACAUAUCGGAAAAUAUAACGUGGAAAUACAUCAAUGCAGAUGUUUAUGAAGCCCUAUACAACGACAUCAUGAAGCCCGUUACUACAAGAGUUGAGGAACUACUUAAUCAAAGUGACGUGAAAAUUAUUGUCUAUAAUGGUGUAUUCGACUUUAUAGUCAACGUGGCUGGUACUGCUGAGUGGUUGAAAAAUUUAAGUUGGAUAGGUAGAGAAGAAUGGAACAAUGCGACAAAUCAACUUCUUCAAGUAAAUUUUACAAACGAAGGCUAUUUCAAACGAGUCAGAAAUUUAGUAUUCUACAGCGUUUUAAGGGCAGGUCACAGCGUUCCGAUUGACAAUCCAGCGGCCAUGGAAGAAAUUCUUAAAAAUGAACUUCUAAAAGAUGUUGAAUUUACAUAACUAGUCAUAAUUUGAAAAACAUUGUUGUUAGGUUUUGUUAUAGAUAUUUUAUAUUAAAUAUAUUGUUAAAAAAAAUAAGAGAUUGUUUAAUUUUUCUUUUCGAAACAUGGGACACUAAAAGUUAUUAGUGAUGACUGAAAUUUCACCGGCCACUAACAUCAAGAUGAAAUUAUUUAAACAAUUAAAUAAAUUGGUUUCUUUUCACAAAUAUAUUGGAAUUCCUCUAUCAUACGCUUCAGUUGUUAAAUCAUUUGUACCUAAGACUUUGAAAAUGGUUUAAUAACCAAAACAUAUGUACAUAGGUAUAUCAGAACUAUUCUAAUACAUUUGUCAAACAAAAUCAACUGUUUUAUUUAGUCAUUCAAUUACUAAAAAUUACCUACAUAACUUCUCAUUAAUACCAAAAAAUAAUUUUAAUUCAAUUUAGUUCCUUUCGCUCAACCUAAACUUUAUCUGGUUGUAGCAAAUUUUAUUUAAAACAGAAAAAUUAAAUUAAAAAAAACCUACAAGUAUUCAAGAAAAUACUGUAAAAGAAUUAUUAGCUGUAAUAUUUUGUACGUAUAAAAAUGUAUUAUCAUUAAAAAGUAGAAUAUGAAAGUAGCGCACCUAUUAAUUAGUUAAUACAAUUUAUCAUCUUCGAAAAGUGUUUACGCCUUUCUGCCUGAGAAAAAUAAAUAAGUGAGAAAACUGUAUUAAACAUUUUUCUAACGUUUUGUUAAAAACAAUUCAAUUAAGUAUUACCUAUGUACAUAUGUACAUUCCUUAACGAAUAAAAAGGGUCGAUAAUACAUUAAAAUUGAGCGAAGCACGUUACCAUUUUUAAUUGACGAUAUUAUUUUAAAUACUUAUGU